CCGUAUGGAUGCAGCAGAGUUGGAGUGUGACAGGAGAGAGGAGCAGAUAGAUGAUCGACUCGCCUUUCCUUUCAAACCUCCGGUUUUCAGUGAUGGAGAGGAUGGAGACGUGUCAGUUCACACUGCUCGACUCUCACUACAGCUGGAAAAUUCUCUUCGUCUUCUGGCUCUUCACCAGCGGGACCCCCACAGAGCGCACCAACUAUGGAUUGCUUCACUAAAGUUGGGCCACCUGAUCCAGUUUGCGCUCGGACGAGCCAGCCACACUAGAGCCAGGGAAGUCGUUAUGCAUGCGACUCCUUGUCAGAGGAACUGAAUAGCUCAGGAUUAGUGCAUCCAUUUGCGCAUAAUAUACGUAAAAACGUAACGUGUCACGUUGAAACUCUCUGCGCUAUGUUUUAGUAAUUGUGACUAAAACCUGUAGACAUUUUAGAUCUUUCGCCCUUUUUUUUAAUUGCUUUCUGCAUCCGCUUUUGUGGUUGACCGCAACCAAGAGAGUUCUGAACAUUGCAGCCACGUCUGUGUGGAAGGACUGAGCAAUGGCUUUACCAGACAGUAGUAUAUCUGGGGACGAAGUUCCCUUUCCAGAGAUCAUAGAGCUCAACGUUGGAGGCCAGGUGUACAUAACCCGAUACUCUACUCUGACCAGUGUGCCCGACUCUCUGCUGUGGGAGAUGUUCAGUCGAAAGUCAACCAAAGGACUCGCCAGGGACACGAAGGGACGCUUCUUUGUAGACCGUGACGGUUUCCUGUUUCGUUACAUCUUGGACUACAUGCGGGACCAGCAGCUGGUUCUUCCAGACCACUUCCCUGAGCGUGGUCGUCUGCAGAGGGAGGCCGAGUUCUUUAAUCUACCAGAGUUGGUCAAACUCCUGGCACCUAAAAUCAGUAAGCAGAACUCAAUCGGGGAUGAAGCAUGUCAGAGUGACCCGGAGGACUCCUCGCCUGGGAUCGACACCGCCCGUAACCUCAGCUCCCUCAGUGCUGCCGCUGCCGCCUGUGCCAGCCUGGUCCCUGGCACCAUGGAAGGCAAACGGUCAGGCUUCAUCACCAUUGGCUACCGGGGCUCGUACACUUUGGGCCGUGACAGUCACACGGAUGCCAAGUUCCGUCGAGUGGCACGGAUCAUGGUGUGCGGUAAGACCUCCCUGGCCAAAGAGGUGUUUGGUGAGACCCUCAACGAGAGCCGUGACCCCGACCGCCCCCCGGAGCGCUACACAUCCCGCUACUAUCUGAAGUUCACCUUCCUGGAGCAGGCGUUUGACAAACUGGCUGAUGCAGGUUUCCACAUGGUGGCAUGUAACUCCACAGGAACCUGCGCCUUUGCCCAUGAGCAGACGGACGACAAGAUCUGGACCAGCUACACUGAAUACGUGUUCUACCGUGAGUGAGACUAUCAGCUCCGUUCCCUCUUCUCCACGUGCUCCCCUCUCCUCCAGCCUCCUGAUGCCCCUGCCUCUCUCUGGUGCACCACUAGAUGAACCAUAAACGUUCUCCCCUUUCCGUGUCUCUGUGCAGCACCCAGCCUUUGUCGUGAACAGUUCCAGACUGCAGAUCUCCCUCAAACCCCAGUCCAGCCCAAUCCAGCCUAACCCACUCAUCCUUAAAUCCAGCAUUUGCCUUUGCUAAAGCCAUGGUUCUACCCGGUUUGUAGUCUCCCAGCCUUGAACCUCAAACCCUCUUGCAACCUCUUCCUGUACAAACUGAAACCUUCAUUAUCCUAAUCGUAUGCCUUGGUGAAGCACAACAACAACAACAACAACAACAA